UCUCUCUCUCUCUCUCUCUCUCUCAUUUUUUGGCCUUUUUUUUUACCUCGAUUGAGAAGAGCCAAUAAGAAUCUAAAACAAAUGGACCACAGCGAAGCAGCUAAUUCUAACUCAUCUUCACCUUCUUCUUCAUCCUCUCCGCCGACGACGCCGCCGCCCACGGUGGUUAUGAGUCCUUGUGCGGCUUGUAAGAUUCUCAGGCGAAGAUGCGCUGAGAAAUGCGUUUUGGCUCCUUAUUUUCCUCCGACUGAACCGGCAAAAUUCACCAUUGCUCAUCGCGUGUUCGGUGCAAGCAACAUCAUUAAGUUUCUACAGGAGCUACCAGAAUCUCAAAGGGCUGAUGCAGUGAGCAGUAUGGUUUACGAGGCAAGUGCAAGGAUCAGGGAUCCUGUUUAUGGUUGCGCAGGGGCGAUUUGCCAUCUUCAAAAACAAGUUAACGAGCUUCAAGCACAAUUAGCUAAAGCACAAGCUGAACUUGUUAACAUGCAAUGCCAACAAGCCAACCUUGUGGCCUUACUCUGCAUGUCUCCUCAGCAAUUAUCAGGACAAUCUGUGGACGAUUUCAUUAGCACGCCGCAGAGCUACCAGAGCAACCCUUGCUUCUUUGAUGACACCAACUGUUUAGGGUCACAGUGGGAGCCUCUCUGGACAUAAUUAUAAACAAAAAUAGCAUUACUCUAGUGAAUGAAUUUCUCCCAACUCAAGUGAGAAGGAGAAAUCCAAAGACAUUAAUUUUAAUAAAAAAAAUUUAGUUUUUAACUUAAUUAAGUAUGAUGAUGAUCAUUUGGGAGUAUAAAUAAUGAUCUCUUUGUUAAACCUAGGCAAAGUAGAUUAACCUUACUUUUAAUUUCCUCCAUGUAAUUUUUAAUUUUCUAUGUUAUAAUUUAUUAGAAAAGAAAAAUGAGAUAAUUUAUUAAGAUGCCUUUAUUU